UAUAUCUGUGGCUAUAGUUAACAGUUGUUCUUGUUAUAGUUGUUACUCGUUAUUCAAUAGGUACUUAAAUAUCAAUAUUGUCUAUGCUGCUCUGCUAUUAAAUUAAUGCUAUAAUCUAUUCAGACAUUAGCUAGUAGUUAAGUAUUCGGCUGUUGGACGACUUUCAUCAUAUUAUAUAUUUCCUAUUUCCAAAAUUAUUUUUUGUUAUUAAUUAUUUUCUUAAAUUCAAAUUUAAAAUCUCWGUGUUCGGUAGUUGGUGACGUCUUUAUCUCACGAAUUGUAAAUUUGUAAUAAUCGUAAUAAUGUAUCUGGAUUCAAUCAUGUUUGUGAUUGUAAUAUUACAGAUUGUGUAUAAUAUAAUUAUUAAAAAAUGAAGUUAAAUCAAGAGUAUUGGGUAUCAGAACUACCAACACCGCUUACAUUUAUUCCAAUUACACAAUUAGCAAUUCCAGGAUCUCACGAUUCAUUUUCGUACACCAUCACACCUCAUAGCAAAUUAGGGCCAGAUGCAUCAAGACUUGUAAAAUAUUUAAACGGCCUGUUAGGACCUGUCAUGCGACGAUUUGUCUACAAAUGGUCUAUUACUCAGAAAUGUAAUAUUCAAACUCAACUACAUCUUGGAAUAAGGUAUUUUGAUUUGAGGAUGGCAACUAAACCAAAUGAUACUAAUUUUUACACAGUUCAUGCACUUUAUGGUGAUCCAGUUAUAAAGGAAUUGGCGAAUAUAAAAGAAUUUUUGGUGACACAUACCAAAGAGAUUCUCAUAUUAGAUUUUCAACAUUUUUUCAAUUUCUCAGAAGCAGACCACAAUCGAUUAUUGUCAGUUUUGAAAUUACUAUUCAAUAGUAUGAUUUGUCCUUAUUUAUAUCCAAUUGAGAUGCUUAACUUAAAUACAAUGAGAGCAAAUAAUUGGCAGGUAGUUAUUAUUUAUAGACAUUCCCAAGAUGAUAUAUUAUUUUGGCCAUCUUCACAUUGGCCAACACCCUGGCCCCAAACCACAUCUUAUAAAAAAUUAAUAACAUUUUUAGAUUGUGGUCUCAAACAAAGAAAACCAAAUGCAGGAUAUGUAACUCAGUGUCUAUUUACUCCAGAUGUAAAGUUUAUAAUGAGAUAUUUUUAUUUAAAUCUUCAAUGUUGUUGUCGUUCAUUAAAUAUUGCAAUACCUAAAUGGAUAAAUAAUCAAAAAAUAGGUUAUGAGCAUGGUGUAAACGUAWUAAUUGCAGACUUUAUUAACAGCGAUGAAUUUAAUUUUUGUGAUAUUGUUGUCCACCUGAAUUAUAAAUUUUUAAAAACUUAAAAAAAUACACAUUGUUUU